AUGCGUGCCUUCUUCAGGGACCCUUUGUCGGGUUACCUGCGUGGACUGCUCGCGGCAGCAGCAGGAGGUCGGAACAAGAUCGGCUUUAACGCCACCCCUUACGGCGCUUUUGCUUUUGUUCACCACCAGCAGGACAGGCACAUCCAGAUUCCGCAAUCAGCACAUGGCGGGCAACCGAAGAAGCGAAGAACGCUGUGCACGCGCUCACGACCAGCCGGUGGAACGCGCCCGGCAAGUGCGACGACUCACGAGCUUCCGAAUCAGCUGCCCGCUUCCGAACAGGAUCCGGGCUUUUGCUCUCCCGUUCGUGGCUCGCCCAGGACUCCCGGCGCCUGGACUGGAAGCGCAAGCCCCGGACGACAACGUGCAGCGCUCGAAGGUUCCGCGGCGCCGAGAAAAGAAACAACGACGUGGGUGUCCAAAGGCUCUAGGCAUUCCAAUUUGCCUAAUGAAGAAGCGAUGAACAAGCCACGGUUAGCUGUAUGUGCCGUGCUCUGGAUUUCCAUCAGCGUCUCGGCAGGCGCUGUGGAUCCCUUGACACAGACAGUGAGCCCGGGAGAAAGGAGAAUAUCAUCAUGCGACCAAGAUGUUCUAUUCCAGUUCGCCAACGAGUGUGAGAAAGUGUUCAACGAUGUCAUAACGGCAUCGCCAGAAAACGACUACCGUCAAGUGCAGGGCUCACCAGAAGAAUGCCUGCUCUUCUGA